UCCGGUGCGCGGGGGUGCGGUUCCGGGUCGUGGCGCGGCUCGGGGUAACAGGGCUGCUGCUCGGCCGGUCGGCGGCGGCGAGCAGCCGGGACAUGAGGGCUAGUCCGGGCGACGGCAGCUGAGAGGGCCGGGAGGAGCACCGGUCCCCGAGGAUCCCGAGAGUGCAGAGUCGGGGCAGGGGCCGGGAGGCGUGGGGGAGCCGGGCCCUCCUCUCAGGAACGUUUCCCAAGGCCAGCCCGGCCCGUAGUGUGGAAGCAGCUUCAGGCGCUCGGUACAUUUAAAGGGAAAGGGAAGCUUGGCGUGAGUCACUUGGUGGUGCUUCUCAGCCAUCUUACAGUCUCCGUAGGACCCACGAAGUGCUGCCACCAGAACAACGUGUUAGCAGGUAGGUGAGCUCGUGAAACAAUAUGAAGAGGAGAAAAUAGCCUUUUAAGGAAUUGGCCCACAGAGAGGAUGGCCUUCUUGGACAAUCCAACUAUCAUUCUAGCUCAUAUUCGACAGUCCCAUGUGACGAGUGAUGACACGGGAAUGUGCGAAAUGGUUCUCAUUGAUCAUGAUGUUGACCUAGAGAAGAUUCAUCCUCCUUCAAUGCCUGGAGACAGUGGGUCAGAAAUUCAGGGAAGCAAUGGUGAGACUCAGGGCUAUGUGUAUGCCCAGUCAGUCGAUAUUACCUCAAGUUGGGACUUUGGUAUUAGAAGACGCUCAAACACAGCUCAAAGAUUAGAACGGCUCCGAAAAGAGAGACAAAACCAGAUCAAAUGCAAAAAUAUUCAGUGGAAAGAAAGAAAUUCUAAGCAAUCAGCCCAGGAGUUAAAGUCACUGUUUGAAAAAAAAUCCCUCAAAGAGAAGCCUCCAAGUUCUGGAAAGCAGUCAAUUUUAUCCGUACGCCUGGAGCAGUGCCCUCUGCAGCUGAAUAACCCCUUUAAUGAGUAUUCCAAAUUUGACGGCAAGGGUCAUGUUGGCACGACAGCCACCAAGAAGAUAGACGUCUACCUCCCCCUGCACUCGAGCCAGGAUAGACUGCUGCCAAUGACCGUGGUGACCAUGGCCAGCGCCAGGGUGCAAGACCUGAUUGGGCUCAUCUGUUGGCAGUACACCAGCGAAGGACGGGAGCCGAAGCUCAAUGACAACGUCAGUGCCUACUGCCUGCACAUUGCUGAGGAUGACGGGGAGGUGGACACAGAUUUCCCCCCGCUGGAUGCCAAUGAGCCCAUUCAUAAGUUUGGCUUCAGUACUUUGGCCCUGGUUGAGAAGUAUUCCUCGCCUGGUCUGACAUCCAAGGAAUCACUCUUUGUUCGAAUAAAUGCUGCUCAUGGAUUCUCCCUUAUUCAGGUAGACAACACAAAGGUCACCAUGAAGGAAAUCUUGCUAAAGGCGGUGAAGCGAAGAAAAGGAUCCCAGAAAAUUUCAGGCCCUCAGUACCGCCUGGAGAAGCAGAGCGAGCCCAACGUCGCCGUGGACCUGGAGAGCACCUUGGAGAGCCAGAGCGCCUGGGAGUUCUGCCUGGUCCGCGAGAACAGUUCAAGGGCAGACGGAGUUUUUGAGGAGGAUUCGCAAAUUGACAUAGCCACAGUACAGGAUAUGCUUAGCAGUCACCAUUACAAGUCCUUCAAAGUCAGCAUGAUCCACAGACUGCGAUUCACCACCGACGUGCAGUUAGGUAUCUCUGGAGACAAAGUAGAGAUAGACCCCGUUACGAACCAGAAGGCCAGCACUAAGUUUUGGAUUAAGCAGAAACCCAUCUCAAUCGAUUCUGACCUGCUCUGUGCCUGUGACCUUGCUGAAGAGAAAAGCCCCAGUCACGCAAUAUUUAAACUCACGUACCUAAGCAAUCAUGACUACAAACACCUCUACUUCGAAUCUGACGCUGCUACGGUCAACGAAAUCGUGCUGAAGGUUAACUACAUCCUGGAAUCCCGAGCAAGCACUGCCCGCGCUGACUACUUUGCGCAGAAACAAAGGAAACUGAACAGGCGCACAAGCUUCAGCUUCCAGAGGGAGAAGAAGUCCGUGCAGCAGUGACCGGGGCCCCCAGCCUGAGUCUGCGGCCGGCGCCCGGCGCCUGGCCCCCACCCCGCGUCCCGCUGUCCUGGGGGGAGGCCGCUCCCCGGCUCACGGGCUCGCGGGGAGGGCGCAGGGCCGGGGGGCGCCCUAGGCUGGAGCGCUGAGCACGUGGCCACGGACCGCAGCGUGAUUGGCAGUGGCGCUGCCCGGCGCCUGCCGAGGCUGAACAUAGCCGUGCCCAGACAUUUCCGUGCGACUCGAUCAAAUUUCUUAAGGCAAAUGAAGAACAAAAAUGUACAUUUCUUUUUUUUUUCCUUUUAAUAAACAGGCGCACUCUUUAUCACGGCUGGUAUGACGGACCGUUCUUUGGGGCGGAGGAUUGAUUAUGUUAGUCUCUUGAAAAUCUGUUCCCAUAUUGAACAGGCAGAUUGGAAAAGCUAUGGCUCGAUUUCUCAGAAGAAAUGUUUAGGGCUUAGUCAAUACCUUUAACUAUGCCAUUUGUUUAAAUGAGUGCACUUGCUGCGAGGAUCGUCGGACUCCAAGUUAGGGCGCAGGGCCCAGCGCGUGUGCGGGCCUCCCGCUCCCUGCCACGGGCACCAGGCGCCGGGCGAGGGAGGGCGACGCUCACCCCAGCCAGAGCGGUCGCUCCUGUUACCUAAGCAGCAAGUGGAAGCGCCCACGGCCCGCGAGGCCUGCAGGGCCCCCGCCGGGGCCUGGACUCUGCCUUGGGGACCGGGGCGGUUCCUUUCCCUCACCGCCUCACAGUGCCUGCCCCUUGCUCGAGUGGCUGACGCCGCCGGCUGUCACCGCAGAGGGAGCCCUGCGGGCCCUGCCAUCCCGCUCCGGGCACGACAAGGAGCCAGGCACCCUCCACCCCACACUCUGCUGGCCACACCAGAUGCCUCUGCGGACCUUGCCAGCCUCACCAGGGCUCCUGCUGUGGUGACGUGCUUGCUGUCUGUCCCCCGCGGGGGCCCGGCCGGCUGUCUCUCCGCGCGGACGUGUGACCUGUCGCACAGGAAGAGGUGUGCCCAGGUCAUCCUGCUGAAUUCCUCUCUGAGUCUGACCUUGGUCCCGCCCACAGCAGCUCCCUUUUCUAACGUCUUCCAUUCCUACCUGCCCCGGAGACAAGAGAAAUAUUAUUUGUAGCUUGCUAUCUGUAUUUGAAUUUUUAGCAGUUUUAUAUUUAGAUACCUUUGAAAAAUGUAAAUGACUAAUUUGGUCAUUAAAUCUUGUGACAUAUUCAAUAUUAAAAUAAAAGUCCUCCGAGAACCUUC